AGCACCCAUCCCAUCAUCAGUCCACGAAUAGAUUGACAUGCUAUUUAGAAUAAAAACAGUGGUAAAAGUGGUCUGUAUAAAAACAAAUCAGAAAUGGCCCGACCUAGAAAUCGACAACACGAUGACGGCUGGAAGUUACUCUGCUCCUUUUCUGCAGUGAUGUUCGUUUUGGUUUUGGUAAAGCUAGAUUUUCGCUACUUAAUACGGAUGGUAACACUAUGUUUGCUUGUCUUGGGGUUCUUCACCUUCUUCUUGUACCUGGUUGGAGACAAACUACAGAUGCUUUGGAGCUUCUUUGUGUCCAGCAAUAACACACAGGGACAAGAAUUAUCAGAUAAAGAGAAGGAGACUGAAAGAAGGAAAGCUCGAGAGAAGAUCCAGAAUGAGUACACAGAAAAGGGCGCCAGAUAUGAAGAAGAAGUUCUGAAACCAAGGGAAGAGGCUGAAAAGGCUCGUUUAGAGGAAGAGUUCAACAAGUUUGCUGGACCUGCCUGGAAGGGUAAAUCCAAUCGGCUUGGGGAUGGCAAAGAGCCAAACGAGGAUGAAAGACCGGUAACUGAUUCAGGAAAGCCAGUGCUAAGGAAACGAGUGCAGGGUACCAGCAAGGAUGCAUCAGCUGUUAGGAAGCUUCCCGAGUCCGUAACCAGACCGCCUCCUGUCGAACCAGACCAACCUAAACCACAAAAAAGGGUAGUUAUACUUCCGGAGGAGCCUAAUUCAAAUGAAAAAGAGUGUAUAACAAUUCGCAUGAGGGGUUUGCAAAGUACAAUUAGGACAAGAAGAUUCCUGUAUAUUAACAAAGUUCAGGUUCUUUUGGACUGGAUGACCAAGCAAGGAUACCACCCUCAACUUUACACAGUCUGCACAACGUUCCCACGGAUGGACCUGUCUGAACACGUUGACAAGACACUGGAAGAUAUUGAACUCUGUCGGGAUGUGACGCUUAUUAUCGAGGAGAAACUAUGACAAGUUUAUGUAAGCCCAACUGUAUGCCAGUCAAUUGGUUAUGUUAAGGAGAAUGGACGCGAAAGUGUAGAUUCGUGGAUAGAAUGUACGAACCGAAGGCGUGUACAUUGUAGUCACGAAUCUACACUUUAGAGUCUAUUCUCUGACUUUGUCUCUGACUUAAACUAUUUCCCAAAAACUUUGUACUGUGUCAAACGGCGUUUGGUCACACAUUUUUUUGUUCGGUCACACAUUUUAUUAUUCUAUAUUUUUUGCCGAAUUUGACGAAGCAUAUUUGAUAAUGCUUGCAACAAUAUUGGGUAUGCCUUGAUGCCUUACAACGUUAUGUACAAUGUUUUGAUCAGUAUACAACUAUGUUUUUACUAAAGUAAAUGUUUUUGGAAAUUUAAAUACAACAUGUUUUCAGCUGCAUGUGUUUUGCACAUCAUGUUAAUAUUCAAUUUGGGAAGAAAGUCAUUUCAAUUUGAACUAUCCCUUGAGAUUGUAGUAAAUCUCCAAGUGAGUGUGGAUUUGUUACGAAUCUACAGUAACAUGCAAGUGUAGAUUUGUAAAAACAAUCUACACUUUUAUUAAUAGAGUGGCGUCACAGAAAUAGUUUAAGUAUGAUAAAGGCACUUUGAUACUCUUUUAAUGUACACUUCUCCAGACAUACAAAGCUUUAACCAAUGUAGGCAAAAGCCUUGCACAAAAUUGCAUGCUCUUGUCAUCUUCAGGAUACUAAAUAGUGUGAGACAUAUUGGUAUGUAUAUAAGAACUCACACCGCUGCAGUGAGGUUAAUAAUGAUAAGCCCCCUCAAGCCACAAAAGUGAAAGUUUCCUACCCUCUAAGCAGGACAGUUCUUUUCAGCAUAUAAUGUCUCCCAAAUUCCGAAAUCAACUCCGCCGCAGUAGAAUAAAUAGUGAGACAAAUUCUCAAAGAACAAAGAUCUACAUGUACACAGCAAAGAAGAUAUGGUAACCAGUGACCUCGGCACCCACAAACACGGCACCCACAAACACGGCACCCACAAACUCGGCACCCACAAACUCAGCACCC